UGCUGCUGCUGAUGUAUCAUUCUCUUUAUAAAUUUUGUUUGAAGUAUUGGAAAAAAGUCUAAUUGUUUCUUCUUUUUUUUCAUGCUCUUAAGUUCUGUAGCUUCCCUUAAUUGUUUCAUGCCUUACCUUAAUAAAAAAAUUUCACGCUGACAGAGUUUGUGAUUCAAUUGGAUCUAUUAUAGUAGGUAUGUCUUCUCAUCUAUAUUGUGAGCAAUUUUGUAUAUUAAGUAAUCAUAUAAUAAAUUUUAAUUAAGUAUUGGAUAAAUGUUCUAAUUUAUUGGUUAUGUUUUUUUUCCUCCUAUCCUUAGGUUUUGUGACUUUCCUUUUCAAUUGUCUCCCUCGCUAACAAAGUUUGUAAUUCAAUUGGAGCUAUUGUAAGUGAUAUGUCUUCUCAUCUAUAUUGUUUUGUGACUUUCCUUUUCAGUUGUCUCCCUCGUUAACAAAAUUUGUGAUUCAAUUGGAUCUUUUGUAAGUGGAUCUUACUCAAAGGACUGUUUUCUACUGCUGCUUAUCGUGGAAAACUGUUACUAAGCCACAAGUCUUAACUUGCUUCUGCCUAUCAGCUCUCUCUUGGACUCCUAUAUACACUGUCAUAAGACAUCACCGAGAUGAUAAAAAAAUUAUUCCGAUCCAGCAACUCUUCUGUGGAACAAAAGACCAGAACCCUGAGGGACAAAAUCAACACUCUAAAAGCUAGAGAGUCUGAUGUUCGCACAGAGCUUGAGCAUGCAGAGUUUCAGCCUGGAAACAAGCGGAGAAACGAGGUUGACAACUGGUUGAAAAAUGUCCAAGUUAAAAAAGAUGAGGUUCAGAGCAUGCUAAAGGAUGGUCAAGAUCAAGGAUCUUCUUCCAACUCCAACCUCACUGGUCGUUUAGACAAAUUGAUUGCAGAAGUUGAUGAACUUAUUCAACAAGGUGAUAAGUUUCGAGAUCGCCUUGUCUUGCCUGAUCAAGAGAGCACAAGAUUGCCAUUGUGGCUGGGAAAAAAACCAGCAGGAACAAAUUUUCAACAGAAUUACAAAAGAAUUCUAGAGUGGUUACAACACCAGGAACACCACAUCAUCGGCGUGUAUGGAAUGGGAGGUGUAGGCAAAACGACACUCUUGAUGAGCAUACAUGAUGAACUCCUAAAGAAUUCGAACCUUUAUGGGCGUGUUUACUGGGUAACUGUCUCACAAAAUUGGAGUGUGCACAAAUUGCAAGAAGACAUUGCCAAAGUAAUUGGCUUGGGGAGUUUUGAGGAGGAUGAUAAGAGGAAGAGAGCGGCUAUAUUACACAAAAAAUUAGCUGCUAAUGGCCCGACUGUACUCAUCUUAGAUGACAUGUGGAAACAAUUUUCAGAAAAUGAUGUUGGUAUCCCCCUUGAAGGAAGUAGUUGCAAGACAAUUCUAACCACCCGCUCACUAGAAGUGUGUCGGAGAAUGGGAUGCAAAGACUUCGUCAUCAAGGCUGAAAUUCUCCAUGAAGUAGAGGCUUGGGACUUGUUUGUUGACAACCUUGGGCACUAUGACACACUUACAGUGGAAACAAAAGAAAUAGCUAAAGAUGUUGCAAAGGAGUGUGGCGGUUUACCACUAGCAAUUAAUACAAUGGCUUGUUGUAUGAGGGACAUAGUUGAUAUUCAUGAGUGGAAAAAUGCUUUGAAAGAGCUGAAAGAUGUUCGUGGGCAAGUUGAUAUGGAAGAUGAUGUGCUCCGAAUAUUGCAAUACAGUUAUGAUCGCCUAAAUGAUGAGAUGGUCCAGAACUGCUUCUUAAGCUGUAUACUAUAUCCUGAAGAUGAAGAUAUAGAAAGAGAAACAUUGAUAGAACUUUGGAUCAAUGAGGGACUGUUAGAUGAAAAAGAGAGUAAGGAAGAUCAAGUAGCAAAAGGACAUACUAUUCUAAAUAAACUAUUAAACUGGUGUUUGUUGGAGUCAACCUUCAACCGGAAUCAAAAAAAGUGUGUGAAGAUGCAUGAUUUAAUAAGAGACAUGACUAUUAAGAUGACUCGCUUCAUGGCAAAAUCAGGACUUAUGCUGAAGGAUGUGCCAGGAGAGGAGCAGUGGAGCGAGGAUCUCAAGAAGGUAUCGUUGAGUUAUAAUCGUAUAGAAGAGAUUCCAUGUGGCAUGGCACCUGUGACCCCGCAUCUCACAGUUCUGCUGCUUUCUCAUAAUUAUAAUCUUAGUAAAAUCCCAGAAUCAUUUGUUAUCCACAUGAGAUCCCUCACUGUUCUUGAUUUGUCUCACACCAAAAUCGAGAGUCUCCCGGAGAGUGUUUCUAAUUUGAAAAAUCUAAGAGCACUUCUUCUUCAAGAAUGUCACGCUCUUAGAGAUUUACCCUCAGUAGUACAGCUUACCAAACUGAGGAUUUUGAAGCUUUACAGAUUUUUCGGGGAUAUAGAGAACAAUUUUAUGGAACCACCUGAGGGGAUUGAGAGCUUAAAUCUUAAGGUGCUAUGUUUUGGCAAAUGGAUAAUGUUUGAUGAUGUGAUUAGGUUUAAUAGACUGAUAAAAUCUUGGCAGGGGUGUGAUGAGCUGUAUUGGACCCGUUUGGAGUUUAAUGGGGAAGAUGCGGAUAAAUCAUUUUAUGACUAUUAUGAUUUUGAUGAUUUUGAUGUAAAUGACCGGACUCUGUUGAUAGCUUCUGUUGAGUGCAAAGAGGAGUUGCCAAUAUUACCUAGCACAAUUAGACGGUUGGCGGUGUUUAAUAUUCGUGCAUUCGAGUAUCAAAGUCUGGGAAAUUUGUUCCCCUCAUUGGCAGGUACAAAAGAGUUGGAGAGUUUGUGGGUAGCAGAGUGUGAAGGAUUGGAGUACAUAUUAACAUCAAAAGUAGUUCCCUCUCUUGACAGCCUUGAGUAUUUAUGGGUGAACAGUAUGCCUGAUUUUAGAGGGUUAUCAAACUCACUUUCAGUUGCAGCCUUUUCCCAUAUUAAGAAGUUAGUUAUCCGGGAGUGUCCAAAGAUAAAGGUAUUAUUUCCAAGGAAGUUGCUACAACAAGACCAAGCUUUGUUUCCUUUGAUGGAAACACUCGAAGUGGGUGAGUGCGACGAGUUGGAGGAGAUAUUUGAAGGAGGUGGGAGGGAUAGUUGUUCAUCUUCAUCUUUAGAAAGUGAGAAAGUGAGAAUGCUGGAUUUAAAUGCUUCCAAUCCGAAUUCAAACCCCAACCCCAUCCUUAUUGAUCUCCCUAAGUUAAGGUGGUUAACACUGGGGAAUUUACCGAAGUUGAGAAGAAUUUACAAACACCUGCAUCUCUGUACUUUGUUGGAGGAGCUUAUUGUACGUGGUUCUCCAGAGAUAGAGCAGAUAUUUGAAUCAUCGGAACCCACCCUUGCUCUUCCCAAGUUAAGGGAAUUACAUUUAGAGGAUUUACCAAAGUUGAGCAGCAUAUAUAGAGGGUUACUCAUGUGCACUUCUCUGUUUAAAUUGACAAUCAUAGAUUUAGCAGGUAUGAAAGUGGUGUUUCCACGUCAGUUGGUAGAACAUGAGCAACCUGUCCUUCCAAAUCUGGAGGAACUUGAUGUGUCCGACUGUGACGAGUUGGAAGAGAUAUUUGAAGGAGGUGGGAGGUAUAGUUCAUGUUCCCAGAGUGAGAAAGUGAGAAUGCUGGAUUUAAAUGCUUCUAAUCCAAACCACAACUCCAUCCUUGUUGAUCUUCCUAAAUUAAGGAAGUUAAGUCUGUGGCAGCUACCGAAGUUAAGAAGAAUUUACGGACACCUGCAUCUUUGUCCUUCGUUGAGGGAGCUUAGUAUAUUUCAUUGUGCAGAGAUAGAGCAGAUAUUUGAAGCAUCAAAACCCACCCUUGCUCUUCCCAAGUUACGGGAUUUAUUUUUAAUUAAUUUACCAAAGUUGAGCAGCAUACAUAGAGGGUUACUCCUGUGCACUUCUUUACGCUGGCUCUCUGUAAAAGAAUGUUCAAAGCUGAAGAGGGUGCCGCUGUUGUCCGAGCACCUAAUAUGCGAUGACUCACCAAGUGCUUUGCUUUCCCUGCCCACGGAUUCCGAAGAUCCAGAAUUAUGGGACCUCUUGCGUCGCAACUACCCCGAAGAUGCACGUCUUCUUUCUGCAGAAAUAGGAUGUCAUCAGAAGCCCCAGCUAAAGCACAAAAGAAAAAGGGCCUCUUCACUCUGACUUUCUUCUCCUCUUCAAUCAAGUGGAUAGUCAUAGUAAUAUUUGGUUUGGUAAAUAGUAAAUAUAGUCAUAGUAAUAUCAAUGUGGAGUAUUCGUUGAAAUAAGCACAACAUCAAUUGUUAUAGUACAUUAAAUGUUCUGUUUCGUAGUAGACCUAUAGUUUUGGUAAUUUUUCAGAAAUGGAACUAGUAGCAUGUUUUCCAGGGAGUUCUCUUUUCUCGGUUCAUUUUUUUCAUUGGGUAACAGUUUGAAUUUUUUCCUUGGAUAAUGCAAAAGUGGGUUUUAAUUCCCAAAAUAUGCCCAAAAAAAUUAAAAUUCCCUGCGUACCGUCCACGUAGGACGGCACGCGAGAAAUUUUUUUUUUU